AGAGAGCGCCGUUGCUGCUGUGCUGCUAGCAACGACCGGGGAAUGUGGAGCUGACUUCCCAGCAGAGACGCCACAUUAAAAUAAAUAUUUCCCGUUUGUACACAGCUAUACCUGAGCCGACAUGCCUCCGAAGAAACCCGCCGCACCCGCGGGGAAUAAAAAAACUCAAGAGAAGAAAAAGGAAAAGAUAAUUGAGGACAAGACAUUUGGCUUGAAGAACAAGAAAGGGGCCAAGCAGCAAAAGUUCAUCAAGAACGUCACUCAGCAAGUCAAACAUGGACAACAAAGUGCCAGACAGGCUGAGGCAGAUAAGACCGGCAAGAAGACUGACAAGAAGAAAGAGUUGGAAGAACUCAAUGAGCUUUUUAAACCCGUAGUCGCUGCCCAGAAAGUCAGCAAAGGUGUUGACCCAAAGUCAGUGCUGUGUGCAUUCUUUAAGCAGGGUCAGUGUACCAAAGGUGACAAGUGCAAGUUCAGCCACGAUUUGUCAAUGGAGAGGAAAUGUGAGAAGAGAAGUGUCUACGUGGAUGAAAGAGACGAAGACCUGGAGAAAGACACUAUGGAUAACUGGGAUGAGAAGAAGCUGGAGGAGGUGGUCAACAAAAAACACGGAGAGGCCGAGAAGAAAAAGGCCAAAACACAAAUUGUGUGUAAGUACUUCCUGGACGCCAUAGAGAAUAAUAAGUACGGCUGGUUCUGGGUGUGUCCUGGGGGCGGUGGAGAAUGUAUGUACCGGCACGCCCUGCCACCCGGCUUUGUACUUAAAAAAGACAAGAAAAAGGAGGAGAAAGAGGAGGAGAUUUCGCUGGAGGAACUGAUAGAAAAUGAGCGUGCCGCUCUUGGUGCUGAUGUGACUCGAAUCACCCUGGAGACUUUCCUGGCUUGGAAGAAGAGGAAAAGGCAGGAGAAGGUGGACAAAGCGAGGGAGGAGAUGGAGAAGAAGAAGGCUGACUUUAAGGCUGGAAAAUCGCUUGUGGUAAGCGGCCGCGAGGUGUUUGAGUUCCAUCCAGAGUUGGUCGACGAUGACGAUGCUGAAGCCAGUGACACUAGAUAUGCCAGCGAAGACGGGGAAGAUGAUGAGGAAGAGAUCAGUAACAGCACAGACGUCCAGGACAUAGACUUAUCCCGCUUUGUUCCACAAGAGGUUGACCACUCGGGCAUUACGGUAGCAUCCACAGACCGUUUCACCUCUAGGAAAAAGACUCAGCGGACAGAAAUGGACAACGGGGAGCAGAUGAACGAAGCCUGUGGUGGCGCUGAGGCCAACGGGCUUUCGGGAGCAGAGGGAGACGGGGAGGAGGACGGAGGAGGGGAGGAGGAAGAAGAGGAGGUACCGGUGGACGAGAACCUUUUCACAGGAGAAGAUCUAGAGGAGCUCGACGAGGAACUGAACACACUGGCGCUGGACGACUGAGAAAGGGAGCGCGUGAGAGGGAGGGAGCGUGAGGUGGAAGUUAGGACGGACUAAAUGACUAACGGAUGGACUGAUGGAUGCAUGGAGCUAAACAACAAAGAGACCAGAUGUUUGAAUGAUUUUAAAAUUCAGAGACUCCAGUAAUAAAGCCUGAUUAUAUCAUGACAUCACUUCCUGUCUCUGCCCCCCUCUGUUUUUUGUAUCACCCCUCUCACAGGUUACCAUGUCCUUGGCCCUUUUGUCCAUUGGGUGUCCAAAUUUUCACAGCAAGGGCCAGUUAGGGUUUACCAGGGCCAACUUCACGUGAAUGUUUCUUGUAGGAGGAGAAUUUGUUGUGCACUUUUGUUGCUCGGCAAACUCGCUGGCUAACGUUGAAACUGAAAUUACUUUUAAUAAAUUGGGCUUUGGUUGCUUCUCGAUAAUCAGUUAAAUAUUGAAUAUAAUAAUUUUCUGAGUGAGACGAUGUAAGGGCUUAAAAAUGAAAGCACUAUACUGAUUGUACAGUGGGAUAACACUUCAAUAAAUCCAAUAACAUCAUUGACAGAUGUUUGAAAGAGCUGAACAAUGUGGGCCAUGAACAGGGUGAUUCUGUUGUAAGAAACUGAAUCUGUUCAGAGCCUCACCUGCUCUCAUACCAAAAUAAAAGCUCUAGUUUGAGGUUGCACUUUCCUUCUACUGAAGAUUCUUUCCCUUCUUGUGUUAUGGAAAUCUGUCAUGCAACCUUUUGAAGGAAAAGUCCAGACCAAGCUUCUAAAAUGUCAGCCAUGUUUCUGAGACCUGAUUAGUGCUACAAUGAAGCUCCAGCAGGGAAACCAAAUGGUAUCAGCCCAGUAUUGUAAAUAAUGUUCUCGAGUCGCCUCCUGAAGAAAUAAAAGAUUACUGUACAUCCA